AUGACCUCCUCGUCCCCCAACGCGACGGACCUUUCCGCGCGUUCUGCCGCCAGCUCAGCUCACUACCAUCCAACCUCAGACACCACCGACCUCACAGGCAUCGACGCCACCACCAUCGGCGCCAGCGGCACAACGGGGGGUUACGGCAAAACGGUCAUCGCAGAUACGGGCUUUGGAACGGCCACGUACGGAAAUACUGAUAUAUCAGGCUAUCGUAGCUCAAACACUGAUACCUAUGGCGGGAAAAGGCGUACGGCGGGUUACGACACCGAGUCUGAUACGAGUAAUACCUUUGGUGGCGGAAACACGUUUGAUAUAUCGGGUCUGACGACGGGGACGCGUGGGUACACGGGGUCGGCGUAUGAUGCAGGUCGUACCAGUAGCAGCAACAGCAGCAGCAAUAAUAAUGUUAGCAGUCUCCGGGCCAGUAAAGGAGGUGGUGGGAUUGGGGACGGGGGCAGUGAUACUGGGUUUGGAUAUGGCAAUGGGUGGCGGAAUACGUUUGAUGUUGGGAAUGCGGGCAAUACCGAGUCGACGGGGUAUGGAAGUCGUGCGGAUUAUCGAGGGAGAUAG